GGAGUUUUGUUACCGCGGACUUCCCCAUGUCUUGUCAGAGAAUGCUACCAGGAAAUACAGUUUAUAAAUGAAGUCGACACACACACACACACACACACACACACACACACACACACACACACACACACUGCCGCUGGACUACAUUAUACACUGACAGAAUAGCCUGUGUUAUAUCAUGGCGGCCGCAGUUUCUGCCUUCAUCCUGAUGUUUUCAACACUAUGGGGAUCCAGAGUGGUGUCAGGAGUCCUCAGCACACCCACAAAUGUGCGCUUGACCUCCCAUAACUUGAAUCUGGUGCUAAGGUGGGAUCCACCAGACCGGCCAAUCAGCGACCUGCUCUACACAACCGAGUACAACACCUCCACCCAAGGCUACCAAGUGCGCUGUGUGAACAUCUCCACCCAUGAAUGUGACUUGACCAACUUCAAGAACUCCAUAUUUCAGUAUGGAAAGUAUACAGGGAGAGUGCGGACACAGCUGGGGACAGAUAGCUCCGCCUGGAUGGAAAGCAACCAGAUUACCUUGGACAGAGAUUCCAUCAUCGGUGCACCCAAUGUCUCUCUCUUCUCCAACGGGGCUACUAUCGAAGUCAGCAUCAAGGAUCCAGUGUUCAGGAUCUCUGCAUUCCGAAGUGUUUACCACCUGGCCACUUACAACAUCACCUACUGGAAGGCCGGCCAGAAGGAAAAGGCCCAAAGCAUCAGCAACACGCUGCAAAACCGGGUAGUUCUUAACGACCUGGCCCCCUGGACCAAGUACUGUGUCCAAGUCCAGAUCAACACCGGGAGGAACCCCAACCACAGCGUGCCCAGCGCAGCUGUUUGUGAGAGCACCACCAUCGAAGAAGAGGCUCCCUGGGUGGCAGCGGUGGUGACGUUUGUCGUCAUGGCAAUGGCAGUGGCUGUGGUGGUGGUCGCAGUUGUGUAUCGGAAACGCAUAUCCCACUUUCUAUGCCCAAAGGAUGCACUGCCUCAGCACUUUAAAGAGUACCUGCUGGCCCCUCCCAACUCGUCCAUGUACCUAGACAUGCGAAACUCCCGUCCACCUAAGGAGGUCUUUGACCCGGUCAGCAUCGUGGCAGACGGCAGCACUCUGGAGGAAGGGCUCCCUCUGGAGGCAGCAGGGACUAGCUGCAGCAAACAGCCCGACACCACAUAGAGACACGCUGGGAACAGCAUCCAACGAACGCUGGGAAGCACCGGAACGAUGAAGAAGUCGGGACUGUUGGAGAUUAUCAGCAGGGACGACUGCAAAGACACUGAGAAACAGGGAAAUAAUCGAUUCUUGCUUGAUUUAAGAGUGUUAGAAAACAAAGAAACAAAUUCUGCAGCAGUCCUAUAUUAUCCCUCAGAGCAGGCGUUACUGUAAAGUGAUUAGGUGGCAAAGCCACAGAGACAUGUACAGUGCAGGACAUACAAGAUUGGUUGCACAUCCAAAUGACGUUGUUUUUGUACUGUACAACUCGCAGUUUUACCACAUACUGUACUUAACAGAAGGAGUGCGACACGGCCCUUUGGAGCCACCCGCUCCUAAGUAUCUAAGAGCUAAGUAUUUAAGCUGCCAUGAUGGUGUAAGGUGCCCAUCCACUGUUAAAGGGUAACUUGGUUUUGUUUUUUUAACCUGCACCCUAUCUUCCGGUGUUUUUGUGUCUAUGCAAACAAUAGGUUUUGAAAAUUAUUCCAGUAUUUAGCAAGACAGCUGCAAUCGUCUGUCAGUGAAAUAAGCUCCAAUGUAACGUUAAUGGGCGAUUACGCACCUUCAAUUCUGUCCACUAAAAGUGCUGUUUUUGCCACUGAGAGUCUCAGAUUGUUAUUCUAAGUGUGUGACAACAUUAUGGAAAGGAUCCCUACAGAGGUAGACCUUCUUCUAAAGAGUAAAAUCUGGUUUGGUUGAAAUACAUGUACAUAUGAUGGCUAAAGUACUGUUUAUUUCCAUGGAGUCUGGUGGGUUUGGCGAUUUUGGAGCUGUUUCCUGUUAAACAAAAAGGAUUUUAUGCAUUAAAAAAAGGUCUAUCUCUGUGGGAAUCCUUUCCAUAAUGUUGUCAGACACUUUGAAUAAUCUGAAUAAUAAUCUGAGCUCGGCAUUGGAAAUUACAGCACUUUUUGUGGUCACAAACUGAUGGUGAACAACUAUAAUCCUAUAGGCCACUUAGGCACCAGUGCAUGGGAAAAUGGGGUCCAGGUAAAAAAAAAAAAAAAAAAAAUGAAAUUACCCUUUAACCGUGUAUGAUUCUGUAUUAUCAAGUAUGCAUGUGGACUG